AUGCUGACAUGGGUACAUGCAAAUGGGUGCCCAUGGAAUGAAUCCACAUCCGCCUUUGCUGCCGCAGGAGGACAUUUGGAUGUCUUGAAAUGGGCCAGAGAAAAUGGUUGUCCAUGGAGUGAACGAACAUGUACCUAUGCUGCCCUCAAUGGCCACUUGGACAUCCUGAAAUGGGCACGUGAAAAUGGCUGCCCUUGGGCUGAAUGGACAUGCUCCUAUGCUGCCAUGGGUGGCCAUUUGAAAAUUCUGAAAUGGGCACGUGCAAAUGGUUGCCAGUGGAAUAAUGGGACAUGUGCCAAUGCUGCCGAAAAUGGCCAUUUGGACAUCUUGAAAUGGGCACGUGAGACUGGCUGCCCUUGGGAUGAAAAGACGUGCUCCUAUGCUGCCUUGGGUGGCCAUUUGAACAUCCUGAAAUGGGCUCGUGCAAAUGGUUGCCAGUGGGAUAAUGGGACAUGUGCCAAUGCUGCCAAGGGUGGACACUUGGACAUCCUGAAAUGGGCACUUGAGACUGGCUGCCCUUGGGAUGAACAGACGUGCUCCUAUGCUGCCUUGGGUGGCCAUUUGAACAUCCUGAAAUGGGCGCGUGCAAAUGGUUGCCAGUGGGACUUACGGACAUGUACCUAUGCUGCUGAAAAUGGCCAUUUGGACAUCCUGAAAUGGGCCAGAGAGAAUGGCUGCCCUUGGGAUGAAAAGACGUGCUGGUCUGCUGCUUACAACGGCCGACUUGAACUCCUGAAAUGGGCCAGAGAGAAUGGUUGCCCUUGGAACUCCUUUACAUGCAAGUAUGCUGCUGAAAAUGGUCAUUUAGAGGUCCUCAAAUAUGCCCGUGAGAAUGGUUGCCCUUGGGAUGAAGGGACCUGGCGGAGUGCAAAAGAAUAUGGCAGUGCAUACUUGUUACAAUGGUUGCGAGAAAAUGGAUGCCCGGGGUCUGAAUAA